AUGUCGGAGUACUGGAAGUCGACGCCUAAAUACUGGUGCAAGUUCUGCUCGACCUACGUGCGUGAUACGACUCUCGAAAAGAAGUCACACGAGGCCACACCGAAGCACCAGAACAACAUCCAGCGCUCCUUGCGCGACCUCCACAAGAAGUCUGAGCGCGACCACCGUGAGAAGCAGCGCGCCAAAGACGAAGUUGCCCGACUGAAUGGCCUGGUCUCUGGCAAACAACAGCCCGCCGUGUCUGUCGCCUCUGGCUCGCAACUCCCGCUCNCAAGACUCAAGUCUACUGCACCUUCCGGUCCUGCUUCUGUCGCCGAGCGGAAACGACAGAUGGAACAGCUCGCUGCCAUGGGUGUCGCCAUUCCUGAAGAAUACCGUCGGGACAUGUCCAUCCAAGGAGAAUGGGCCACUGUUUCUGAAAGACCCAUCUACUCCCGGCCUGUCAAAUCUGGUUCAGAUGAUGAAGACGAAGAUACAAAGGCAUUUGGGGUGAGGAAGCGAAAACUGGAUGAUGAGGAAGAGGACGUAAAACUGGCACCUAAAGCCUGGGGCUCACGCCUAAAGUCAUAUCCUGGUGCAACUGGCAACUCCGAAGAAGAUCUGGAUGCUUUGCUCUCUGGCGCCACCACANAAAAGGAAGUCAAGUCUGAAGAUUCGGAUCUGAAGAAAGAAAGUGAUGUUGAUACUGCUGAUGCCAUUGCGGCUGUGCCAGACAUUACUGAAGCUGCUUCUGCCGAGUCUGAAGCCAAAGUGGAACCCAAACAGGAGCAAGACGCUCCCAUCGUCUUCAAGAAGCGCAAGUCCAAGCGCUGA